GAGAAGUUCACACAACUGUGCAGUUAAGGUGCUAAUGAUCACAGGUGGGCAGAUUGUGCAUUAGUGGUGUUGCUGCCUCCAGCUGCUCUUCUCCCCCAGGAGAUCUCUGCUCAACCUGGCCUCACGCAGCCUCUGCUAAUCCCACCAGAGCAGAGGAAGAGGAUCACACUGCCACACGCCUGCCUGUGACUGUCACUUAAGAGGACCUGCAGCAGCAGACCUUGCACCAUGGACUCCCUUAUCCAGUUGCUGUUCUCGCCUCUCCCGACCCCGGCCAUCAUCUCCCUAUUUGCCCUGGCAGCUGCCAUCUUGUUUUACCUCAACACACGACCCUGUGCCCUGCACAUUCCCUUCGACCUCAACAGACAAACUCUGGGCAUCAAGGAUGGAGCGAGGAAGACUGUGUUGCUUGAGGAUAACAACAACCUGAUGGUGUGUUACCAUGAAGAUGCCAAGACCAUGUAUGAGGUCUUUCAGAGGGGCCUGAAAGUUUCAGGUAACGGACCAUGCUUGGGCUACAGAAAACCAGGAAGGCCGUACCAGUGGCUGACGUACAAACGGGUGUCUGACAGAGCUGAGCACCUGGGGUCAGGGCUUCUUCACAAGGGUUUGAAGCCGAACUCUGACACUUUUAUUGGCAUCUUUGCUCAGAAUAGACCUGAGUGGAUUAUCGGUGAGCAGGCGUGCUACACCUACUCCAUGGUGGCGGUUCCCCUGUACGACACCCUGGGUCCUGAAGCGCUCGUGUUCAUUAUCGACCGAGCGGAGAUCUCCACAGUGCUUUGUGACAAUCAAAAGAAGGCAGAAACACUGCUGCAGUCCCGGGAGAAAGGCCAGACUCCAGUCCUCAAAACCAUCGUCAUCAUGGACCCUUUCCACUCUGAGUUGGUUGAGCGAGGUACCAAGUGUGGGGUGGACGUCGUGUCCUUGCAGGAUGUGGAGGCUCUGGGGAAGAGUAAUCUUCAAGAGCCAAUUCCCCCGAAGCCAGAGGAUCUCAGUAUUGUUUGCUUCACCAGCGGCACUACAGGAAACCCCAAGGGAGCGAUGUUGACCCAUGAGAACGUGGUCUCUGACGCUGCAGGUGUCAUCAAAAUUCUCGAUGUGGCAGUUCUGCCAUCUACUCAGGAUGUCAGCAUUUCAUUCCUGCCUUUAGCGCAUAUGUUCGAGAGAGUCGUGCAGACGGUGAUGUAUGGUCAUGGAGCUAGGGUGGGAUUCUUCCAGGGAGACAUCAGACUGCUGCCAGAUGACCUGAAAAACCUGCAGCCCACCAUCUUCCCCGUCGUGCCUCGACUUCUCAACCGUGUCUAUGACAAAGUUCAGAGUGGCGCCAAAUCGCCUUUCAAGAAAUGGCUGCUGAACUUUGCCGUGGAGAGGAAAUUUGCUGAAGUGAGGCAGGGCAUCAUCAGGACCAACAGUGUAUGGGACAAACUCAUCUUCCACAAAGUCCAGGAGUCUCUGGGGGGGCGAGUGAGGAUCAUGGUGACGGGAGCAGCACCCAUCGCUCCCCCUGUGCUCAACUUCCUCAGGGCGACUCUGGGCUGCCAGAUCUUUGAGGCGUACGGACAGACGGAGUGCACAGCCGGCUGCACCUUCACCAUGCCAGGAGACGCCACCUCAGGCCAUGUUGGGGUGCCGCUGCCUUGUAAUGUUGUGAAGUUGGUUGAUGUUGAAGAAAUGAACUACUUCUCUUCAAACGGCGAAGGGGAGGUGUGUAUCAAAGGUAGAAAUGUGUUCAAGGGGUAUUUGAAAGACCCAAAGACUACUGCAGAGGCCUUGGAUGAAGAUGGUUGGCUCCACACAGGAGACAUUGGAACAUGGCUUCCGAGUGGAGUUCUGAAGAUCAUCGACCGAAAGAAGAAUAUCUUCAAGCUGGCUCAGGGGGAGUACAUCGCACCAGAGAAGAUUGAGAAUGUGUAUGUACGCAGUGGACCUGUGGCCCAAGUAUUUGUGCAUGGAGACAGUCUACAGUCCUGCCUGAUCGCCAUCGUGGUUCCUGAUCCUGACGUCCUGCCAGGUUUGGCAAAAAAUCUUGGGUGCCAAGGCUCCAUUGAAGAACUCUGCAAAAACACGGUAAUAAAGAAAGCCAUUCUGUCAGACAUGACCGAACUGGGCAAAGAGGCAGGACUCAAGUCCUUUGAGCAGGUGAAAGACAUGUACCUCCAUCCAGAGCAGUUCACCAUCGAGAAUGGUCUGUUAACCCCAACUCUGAAGGCCAAGAGGGCUGAGCUCAAGGCUCUCUUCCAGCCACAGAUUGACAAACUGUACGAUAACCUCCAAUAA